GUGUGCACUGUGUUGAGCCUGCAGCAGCACCCAGAAGUGAACAAAGCGACCCGGAAGCGGUGGUCCGACAGGAGGCAGGCAGAAAGAACAUCAACCUUUUAUAUUAUAGCUGUACUCGCAAGACAAUAUCUGCAAUCAGGACACAAGGAUGGCAGAGCCUCGAUUUAACAACCCGUAUUUCUGGCCGCCCCCUCCAUCCAUGCCAGGCCAGCUGGAUAACCUGGUGCUCAUUAACAAGAUCAAGGAGCAGCUGAUGGCCGAGAAGAUCCGACCCCUGCACCUGCCGCCCACCUCCACCCCUUCCCAGCAGUCUCUGCUGGUGCCCACCUCAUCCCCAGAUGGUAGCGCACAGCACGGGAUGCCGGUGCCAAAGCCCCAGCCGCAGCAGGUGCCGGGCCACCACCCGCAGCCACAGGGCUCUGGACAGCCGGACAUCGCUCUGCACGCCCGCCCCGCCUCCAGCUCCGGACCAGGUAGUCUUUAUGAUGGAAAUAUGGACGACAAGUCAGCAGUGAAGGCCAAAGGAUUGUGGGAAGACUGGCACAUGAGACAGCUUGGCGAGCAACCAGGCCGGAUCAACCAUCGCUCAGGUCUGGCUCCUUCAUCCCGACCCGACAGCCACAGCACCUCAGAUGCCCUGACCCCCACGACUCCAACCUCCAGCAGCCAGAACCGCCUGGGAGGCGCCCCCUCUGUGAACAUCAUAUCUGGCCUGGCUAGUGGUCCUGGCAUGGACCACAUGAAGGCUGGAGGCCUGGCAGGACUGUUGGGCCCGCCACCCAAGGCACCCCGGGGACGGAAGAAGAUCAAAGCUGAAAACCCCACCGGUCCUCUGCUGGUGGUGCCGUACCCCAUCCUAGCUGACCAAGGCUGUGUCACUGUUGCACCCAAAGAGGGCAAAACUUACAGAUGCAAAGUUUGCCCGCUCACCUUCUUAACCAAGUCAGAGAUGCAGAUUCACUCCAAGUCCCACACGGAGGCCAAACCACACAAGUGUCCCCACUGCUCCAAGACGUUUGCCAACGCCUCCUACCUGUCUCAGCACCUGCGCAUCCACCUGGGGAUCAAACCCUAUCACUGCUCCUACUGCGAGAACUCGUUCCGUCAGCUGUCACACCUGCAGCAGCACACCAGAAUCCACACUGGCGAUAGGCCGUAUAAAUGUGCUCACCCUGGAUGUGAAAAGGCUUUUACCCAGCUGUCCAACCUCCAGUCUCACCAGAGGCAGCACAAUAAAGACAAGCCCUAUAAAUGUCCUAACUGCUACCGUGCCUACUCAGACUCCGCAUCAUUGCAGAUCCACUUGUCAGCGCACGCCAUCAAAAAUGCUAAGGCCUACUGCUGUAGCAUGUGUGGCCGGGCAUACACCUCAGAGACCUACCUUAUGAAGCACAUGUCCAAACACACAGUGGUGGAGCACCUAGUCAGCCACCAGUCACCCCAGAGGACCGAGUCCCCCAGCAUCCCCAUACGCAUCUCCCUAAUCUGAGCUCCCCGGCUGCUCAGGAGCAGCUCGGAUUCAGAGUCUACGUUCGGCUGGAGCUUAUGAGGCCCUGCACCCACGGCCAUCUACAUAAGGCUUACAUUAGCAUUAUGACAGCUGACAUGCAGCACAUUCAGGAAGUAUUCAGACCCCUUCACUUUUUUCACAUUUUGUUAUGUUGCAGUCUCAUGCUAAAAUCCUUUGAACUCAUUUUCCCCUCAGCAGACUACACUCAGUACCCCAUAAUAACAAAUGAAAAACUACAUUUUGGAAAAGUUCUGCAAAAUUAUUACAAAGGAAAAACUGAAGUAUCACAUUGACAUAAGUUUUCAGACCCUUUACUCAGGACAUUGUUGACGCACCUUUGGCAGCAAUUAUAGCCUUUAGUUUUCUCGGGUGUGACGCAACAAGCUACAAGCUACGCACACCUGGAUGUGCAGAUUUUUUGCUAUUGUUCUCUGCAGAUCCUCUCAGGCUCUGUCAGGUCACAUGGGGACUGUUGGUGAACAGCCAUUUUCAGUCGACUCCAGAGAUGAUGCAUUGGGUUCAAGUCAGGGCUCUGGUUGGGCCGCUCAGGGGGAUUCACAGGGUUGUCCUGAAGCCACAUCUGCGUUGUUUUGGCUGUGUGCUUAGGGUCAUUUUCCUUUGGGAAGGUGAUCCUUCCACCCCAGGUCCUGAGAACUCUGGGUCAGGUUUUCAUUAAGGAUCUCUCUGUACUUUGCUCCAUUCAGCUUUCCCUCAACCCUGACCAAUCUCCCAGUCCCUGCUGCUGAAAAACACCUCCACAGCCCGAAGCUGCCAACACCUUACGCCGCUCUAGGGAUGGUAAAGGGCAGGUGAUGAGUAGUUCCUGGAUUCCCCAAGACAUGAUGCUUCAAACUGAGACCAAACAGUUCGAUCUUGGUUUCAUCAGACCAGAGAAUCUGGUUUCUCACAGUCUGAGUCCUGUAGGUGCUUUUUUGUAAAUUCCAAGCAGCUUCCAAUGAGGAGAGGCUUCAUCGGACCGCUCUAUCAUGAAGCCCAGAUCAGUGAGAGCUGCAGUGCUGGUUGUCUUUCUGGUUUUUUCCCAUCUCCACACAGGAUCCCUGGAGUUCAGCCAGAGUGACCAUUGGGUUCUUGGUCACCGCUCUUACCAAGACCCUUUUCCCCUGAUUGCUCAGUUUGACUCAGCGAGGGUGGGCUGCAGUUGAAAAGUCAAAACAUUUCCUUUCCUGACAACUUUGUUUGACCUCAUGAGGUCAAGGAAAGCUGUGAAGGAGAAUUCAUGAGGGCUUAUGAAAAGACAACUGAAGUGCUAAGAGAAUCCUACAGCACUGACACUAGUCAGCAAGGAUGGAUGUUAAUGAAGUGGAAUGGUGUUUUUUGGAAUGGUGUUUCUGCCGCAAGGAAUUCUGGGAUGGCAUUAUCUUCUUUGCUUUCAUAAAGGAUGGUCCAGUGUACCCUAUGCUGAAGGAGAUAAGAAAGGGAACAUUGAGGAACCUUUCCUCAGUAUUCAUUUAUUUUGCUUAGGAACCUUCCUUUGCUUUGACCGCAGCCGAUGCAGCAGACAUUUUUUGUAGCCGCAGAUUUGUGCCCGACGCAACCCUGUCUCUGAGCUCUGCACGCGGUUCCUUUACCUCAUGGCUUGAGUUUUGCUCUGAACUGCAUUAUCAACUAUGAGACAUUAUAUAGACAGGUGUGUCUCUUUCCAAAUCAUGUCCAAUCAACUGAACUGUGGUGGACUCCAGCCAAGGUGUAGACACAUCUCAAAGAUGAUCAAGAGAAAUUGGAGGCACCUGAGCUAAAUUUCAAGUGUCAGAGCAAACGGUCUGAAUUCCUAGGUUUAAGUGAUGUUUCAGUUUUUCAUUUUUAAUAAAUUUGCAAACAUUUCUAAAAUUUUCACUUUGUCAUUAUAAGGUGUUGAGUGUAGAUUGAUGAGGGGAAAAAUGAAUUUAAAUGAUUUUAGCAUAAGGCUGCAACAUAACAAAAUGUAAAGAAGUGAAGGGGUCUGAAUACUUUCUGAACGCACUGUAAGCAUUCAGUGCUAGAUUCAGUAAGUGGACUGCCUCCAUUCGUCUUGACACAGGCUGUCUGUCAAAAAUGAGCACAGCAUUAUUUUGUGAAUGUAACAAUACAGCUAGAUGUUGUCCGGAGGAUCGAGUGGCAAAGAAUGUCUUGUGUCAGAUUUAAUAAGCACUUUCGUAAGCGUCAUGUAAACUGCCGGAUGCAUUGGCCAUCAGAAAUGUUUUAGUUAGUUUGUUUUUUUUGUUGUUUUUUUUUCCUCUUCCAUGAAAUGGGUUUCUAAAAUGUGCCAGAUGAUAUUUGCCCUUAUAAAGAAUUGAGAAAGUAGAAAAAUGUUUGCUGGGUGUAUUCUGGAGACAUCCAAAGAUAAUCUUAAAGCACUUUUAGGCCUUGUGGUUUUGGCUCAAAUUGUUUCAAUCUUGUUGGAUGGAAAAUGCCAAAGGGCAUUACUUGUGGCAGCUAAGAGUACUGACUGUGUAUAAAUAACAGUCUUUAUCUGUUACUUUAUUUGCUUUUACUCACAUUUUUGUGCAAGUACACAUUUACAGGGUCGUCUAAAUUUGAAGAAAGGCAAUCGGUAGAUGACAAUUUAAACAUUUAAUGAUUGUAUUAAGAAGUUGUAUUAUUGACUUGGGGAGGCAAAAAAUAUAGCAACAUGGAAGGGAAGAAAGAUGAAUGUUUUUUUUUUUAUUUCCAAAAUCUUUCACUUCAUAUUUGAUGUUAACUUUUACGGCACCUUCAUGAUCAUCACUUAUGAUCAAAGAAACACUGCUUUUUACAUUAUGGUUUCCUCACAUCCCAUUAACUCGUGCCAUAUAUGAACCUUGUUGAGGUUUUAAGAGAAAGCAAAUCUUGUAACAGUGUGUGUGCUUUCUCUAUUCUGUUAAGCUUUGACUUUUAUUUUCUUAGUAUUAGAAGUAUAUGUUGCAGAGGUUGAAUACAUUGCACAUGCAUCAGUGCCAGCUCUACUCUACUCAGCCCUACUUUUUAAAUACACAUAAAUUUUACUCGAGUGGUAAAUUUUUACACCCAACCACUGGACCAAAAUGUGAAGUUAUUGUACUCCGACCCAGUUAAGAUUCUUUUUAAUCUUUAAUAAGCUUUACCCAUUUGAAAUAAACUGCAGUAUAAGUCAUAUUCCAUAGGCCAAUAUUAUGAGUUUGUGUGGAGGUGAUGUUUCUCCUUUUGAUUUUUUUUUCUCCUUUAGUAUUCUUUUCAUUGUACACAGUAUUGUUUGUUGUAUUUUUACUGUAACUUUAACCUCUGGAUGGUACUAAUAGGGUACCCUGUGUUCUUCAGGGCACUUCAGAAAAGGUGCUACAGCUAGAUGUUAUGUUUGAGAUGGAACUGAGAAUAAUGUAAAUUACAUAUACAGUAUAUAGUAUGUUUUCAAAAGAAUAAAAACUUAUUACUCAAGCCACUGGCCUGAAAACAGACAUUUACGCCAACAACAGACCCUGCCUCUUCAACUUACUCUCUCUCUUGAGAUAAUGGGAAAAUGUACAUGUUGCUGUACUGUAAAACAUGUUACUCAUUUAUAGUACCUAUUUUUAAGUUUUCAUAAACAUGUUCUUUUUGGGUUUUGUAAAAGUUUAUGUAUGGACUUACUGUAAUUAUUUUAGUCUACCCGUAUGUUAUUAAUAUUCAUGUUUUAUAUCAGUUAUUUACAUGUAAGCCUUAACUGUUUUAUCAUCCCAUUUCCAUUACUCUGUAUUGUGUUCUGCAGUAUUCAAUCGUGUAAACAUUUUUAUUUUUUCCUUCCGCAUGGAGUUCCUGAGCUGUAAUCUGUAUGAUAACUGUUUAACCCAUGUUCUCUAUGAAAAGAUAUUGCGUAGAUUUAUUACACUUUUUCCUGUCUUGCAUUGUGGUUUCAUAUACAGUUUCUAGAAAACUAAAUAUGCACAGCCAAGACUGAGAAGUUCAACUAAGGUUAUCAAUGUUUAAAAAAGGAAAAAAAGCUUUGUAUCUUUACCUUGUUUAAUAAACAGACUGUUACAAAUUCA